UUGGAUUUGUGUUUUGAGCUAAUGAGAAUAGGUUACUUGUCAUGACGAUGCAAGGCAGUUAUGAACAGAAUCCAAGGAGUAAGGGGACAGAAGAUUUUGCUCCUUCUUCAGUUAUCCAAAGAUUUGAGCUCAUAUGUACUCAGUUGGUUAUGAUUCCUGUACUAGUUUGUCUAAAUGGGUGAGCAUGUGAAUGCUGUAAUAAAACAUAUACCUUCCAGGGAAGCCAGGGAUCUUGCUGCAUCUCCUUUUAAUUGCUAAAUGCUCGACUCCAUUUUUUGCAAGAGGAAAUUCAACUAUUUGAGGAUUAGAAUUUUGCUUUGAAAAACAUGGGAACAUCACAUUAAUAUUUGCAUAACUGUUCAGGAAGCUGCCACUCUAGGCAGCCACCAGCCAAAUUUGAAAAUCCUUGAGUGACAAAUGAGUCAGAAUUUGAGACCUUGGUUUUAUAAAUACCUGAAUCAAGACUGUAAUGCACACAUGCUGUCUUUCACAGGAUGCUGUAGACAAAUAUGAAGAAGUAAUUCAUAAUCUGGAAUUUGCCAAGGAGCUGCAGAAAACCUUUGUUGCACUCAACCAAGAGCUGCUAAAAGCACAGAAGAAAACACUACGACGUGAACAGCUCAUGAGGACAGAAAUGGAGAAGCGACGUCUUCGUACAGUAUUACAUAUUAAAUAUGUACUGGAGAACUUCAAACAGGAGCAUGUUCAGAAUGACUUCAGAGAUGGCAUUAAUGGUGCAUUUAUUAUUUCUCGGAAGGAAAUCAGCCUCCUCAAGGACUUCUGCAAACUUGUUUGCCCUGAAAGAGAUGAAAGAAUGUCCCUUGAAGAUCAAAUAGAAUUGGUGUCAAAUCAAAUGUGGGACCUGUUAGAAGGAGCUGAUAAAAUGGUGGUUGGCAGCACCUAUAAACACUUGAAGGAGGCAAUUAGUAAAUUAUUGAACUGUGCAUACUUUGAUAGUAUUCCAGUCCCUCACAACGGGUUGCUGGAUGAUGAUGCUGAAGAUAAAAUCAAAGAGGUACAAGUUACUUCCAAGGCCUUAUCUGGAAAAGAUUCUGAAUCUGACCGGCAUUUUUUGUGCUCAAAUGAAAUGCAGCCAAGAGAGUUUUUGAAUAGGCAGUACCUGAACAAAAAUGAUUGUGCUGUGAAACAGCCAGAGAAACCAAGGAACUGGGAAGCUGAGUAUGUUGGCAGGAAGCAAGAGGAUGUUCCCAAAAAAUGGGACACUGAUUACAUCAGUAGAAAGCAUGAGGAAACAUCCCCUAAGAAGUGGGAUGACGAAUACAUUGAUAAAAAACAGGACAAGGAAUCCCUCAAAAAAUGGGGUACGGAGUAUGUCAAUAGGAAGUUGGAGGAGCAGCAGCCCAAAAAGUGGGAUGUACAAUAUGCUGACGUGCAGGAGACAAAAAGGUGGGAAUCGGGAUCUGUCCCAAAAGAAUCUGCUGAACCAAAGAGAAUUCUGCCUGAACCCAAAGAGGUAUCAAAGGUGGUGCAACAGGUUACUGCAGAGUUCUGCUCAACCUCAUCGCUGCCAAAGGAUCCAGAACUCAGGAGGCAGAAGCUUCAAGACCUGAUGUCUCAGAUACAAGGGACAUGUCAUUUCAUUCAGGAUUCUAUGUUGGAUUCUGACACCCCUUCACAAAGUGCUAUUGGAUCACAAAAGGCUACAAUAUCACUCAAUGCUGCAGUUCCAAAACAACAACAGAAGCAACAAACCAAGACUGAAAUCAUUCCAUCCCCAUCCAAGCCGGCUUCAGAAUUGAGCGUCCUUUCUAAUAUUGGGGGUAGUUCAGGUUCGGAUGACCAGUCUUCGCUAUCUGGUUCCACAACUGACCUUUCAGGGCAAACAGCACAGAAUUCGGCUGCAUGCAAUUCAGAAAGUGAAGCAUACAUUCCGCCACCACAGAUAUACCAAACGAGCACACCCAUUAGUGAAUCUUUAACACAAAAGUCCCUGGAGACACAUCAGGUGACUGCUCUGCCUAACAGCCAGACUGCCUCAAGCACAGCAAUAACUCCAGCAUCCCAAGGCCGGGUACUCCAGACUCCAGUAAGCAAUUCUCCAGUUAGCAUGAAGACCACACCCUUUCAGGCUAUGCAGACUGUGUUCAAUGUGAAUGCCCCUCUGCCUCCAAGAAGUGAACAGGAAGUGAAAUCUGAUGCUCCAUAUUCCCCUGCCUUUAAUCAAAGUUUGAUAACGGCUAGUACUCAAACUCCACCUCAGCCUGUGUCUCUGCAAAAUGCACUGACACAAGAUGCUUUAACAGAAGAAACCACACCUGUUGCCAAUGGGACCCCAGUUUUUCUACCCCACAGUCAGCAAAACAGUACUUUGUCAAGACCAAACCAAGCCUAUUUUGGGAGCAGAGGUGCUGUUCGGGGAGCUGCACGAGGUGGUAGAGGAAUUGCUAAUGCAUACCGUGGUUCUAGCAAUGGAUAUAAAGGUGUACAAAUAGGAUUUGAUGGCUACAGAGGAAUUCCCAUACCUGGCAAUGGAACAUAUGGACCUUUUCCAAAUAGAGAGUACCCUGGGAUGCCAUAUACUCCAAGGGAGUCUGGUUACCAGCAGAACUACAAGCGUGGUGCAGGACUUGGGCCUCGUGGGACCAUGAGAGGAGGUCCUAAUUACUCAACUGCAGGGUGGAGCGAUUCAUCUCAGAUGAGCAGUCCAGAACAAGACAGUGAACACUUCAACAGUGGGGAUUCUGGACAAGGAGACUCGCGAAGCAUUACUCCAGUGGAUAUGCCGGUGACCAGCCAAGCUGCCACCAUUUUGCCAGUACAUGUCUACCCUCUCCCUCAGCAGAUGAGAGUGGCCUUCUCCACUGCAAGGACCUCUAACUUUACCCCUGGAUCCCUGGACCAGCCCAUUAUCUUUGAUCUUCUGCUCAAUAACCUUGGAGAAACAUUUGACUUUCAGUUGGGGCGUUUUACCUGCCCUGUGAAUGGCACCUAUGUCUUCAUCUUUCACAUGCUGAAGCUGGCUGUGAAUGUGCCACUCUAUGUAAACCUGAUGAAGAAUGAUGAAGUCCUAUGCUCAGCUUAUGCCAAUGAUGGUGCCCCAGAUCAUGAGACUGCCAGCAACCAUGCUGUUCUUCAGCUAUUCCAGGGAGAUCAGAUCUGGCUGCGAUUGCACAGAGGUGCCAUCUACGGUAGCAGCUGGAAGUAUUCUACCUUUUCUGGCUACCUCUUGUAUCAGGACUGAAAAAAAAAAUGUGCUUUAAUAGCUUAAAUGCUUUGCACUCUGAUCACUGUAUCUUUAAGGGUCACUGAAGUGAGUUGCCAGAGAUGACUUGUUAAACUGUUGCAGUGGUUUUUCUGGAAUUUGGGUUUGCACUGACUGGGCACUUUAACCUGUGAUGCCUUGCUGGUAGAGCUGUGAAUAUAUUCUGUUACAGAAUGUUACGACUUGCACUUGUCAGUCAAAGACAACUUGUGUGACUGUUCUAAUGGAUAGAUUCCCUUAGCAAGAUAUCCUGCUAUUUACAAUGCCUCAUGGUGCCUCAAUAAAGAUAUUCUGCACUGUU